AUGGGUGCCAUCGGCAUCUGGGGCAUGCACUUCGUCGGUAAUAGAGCUAUCGUGCUUCAAGACGGAGACCCCGAACGUCAGAUACUCUACAACCCUGGAUUCACGGCAAUCUCCUUCUUCAUGCCAAUCCUGGUCCUUCUUUUCGCUUUCUACACUCUCGGAAUGCCCACCCGCGCUCGUCAGCUUCACGUUGCACUUGCCGCUUGUCUCACUGGAGCCGCUGUUUGUGGCAUGCACUAUCUUGGCCAAUACGGCGUUGAGAACUAUGUUUGUUCCUACCGGGCUCAGAACGUUGCUGGAGCCGCUAUCAUCGCCGUGUUGGCUAGUUUUAUCGCCCUCGGAAUCUUUUUUCGGUUACGAGACGCGUGGAAAGACGGCUGGUGGAAAAGAGCCCUAUGCGGCGUCAUUUUGGCCACCGCUGUCUCGGGCAUGCAUUGGACCGCAGCGGUUGGCACAAUAUACCAUUGGAAAGGCGAUUUGAGUAUUCAUGGAAACUCUAGGUCGCAAACGGCAGUCAUUGCAGCCGCUCUUUCAAUGGGAUCCUGUGUCAUCCUUCUUGUGGUGGCCUUCAUCCGAGGUCGCAACAGGCUCACUGCCAGAAUCAAAGCACAACGUCUAGUGUUGGCCUGCGCGUACUUCGAUGAUGAGGGCAAAGUGAUGGUCACCCAGGAAGGAACCUUGCCUAGCGAAAAGAUAACAAAUCACUACAUUGAAAAGACCUUUGGAGAAGACGAGCUCAGCAGGUCUCAUCCAGCCUACCUCUGGAUCUUUAAAGCAUCCCGCAGCUGGACAACGCUGCGAGACCUCAUUCCCAGCAUGAAAGAGUAUAUCGAAAACGACCCGACAGCGAGGAAAUAUCGGCCCAGCAAUACUUCCCAAAGUUUACCACACGACGCCAUAGCAAGCUCCCUCAACUUUGCUCCAAUCUUCAAGCAGUUGUUUUGUGUCGCGGCCCAGCAGCUAGCCAAUCGCAUCCACGAACCGCUGGAGAGAUUAGGAGUUCUAUUUGAAGAACAUCUAGAUACGGGCACAACAUCUGCGUCCACACCGUUGAGGAUCAACAUCAGGCCGCUAUCAGCCAGAUCUUACAAAAAGGAGGUAGAUGCGGAGAAAGGCUUUUCAUCGCCGCUCACAGUGGCUCGAGGAAAGUACUUUUUCGUCCAUCGACAAAUAAACAAGGGCGAGGUAGCUAGAUUUGCCUCCCUGGGAUACCGUUUUGCUACCAUUGAGCAAAUCGCGGAACCACUGGCUAAGAGCAUGCAAGUCGAUCGUGGCAACAUGGUGGCUAAAAUCGAGCGCAUGAAAUUGGGCGUAUCGUCCAGGCAUCUUCUACCACCCGGUGUGCAUUUAGCCUGUUUCAUGCUUCGCCCGAGUAUGUACAAAAGUUUCGACAUCCUGGUGCCAGCUGCCUCUCAAGACCACUUGCCUUAUGUCACGAUGCAAUCUCGUGAUCUAUCCAAAGAUCAGCUGGCCCAAUUAGAUCGUUUUGAAGAUUCCACUGUCGGUGAGAUUCUGAGGAUACUUCUCAACCAGUCAGGCGUAUCAAAAAUUGGCGACGAAAUCCGAUGGCAGCUUUACAAUACUUUCGUUAAGCUCGUCGAUGUCAUCGGUGACUACGACACCAUGAUGCAGGCCAAAUUCUCCGCUAAAGCAUUCCGGGUUGCAAGUCGACCGGGCGACGGUUCAAGUCCCUCACCAACAUGUACCUUGCUAACAGUUCGGGUGUUACGAAGCAUACAUGCGACACCGAGUAAGAAGGAUCUGACAUAUGUUCCUCUGUCAUUUUUCAGCGCUCAGCAACAGAGCCAAGCAAAAGAUUGCAGGGAUGAGUUGUUUGAGCAGAAAGUCAAAGCAGAGUUUCAGCGUCCUGCUCAUAGUGAUUUUGUCAAAAAUUCCUCGUCAAUCAGCGUUAAUGACAGCAGGAGGACGAGUUCAGGCGAAUCGACUCUUCAAGGGCCAGAGUCACCUAAGUCAGCGCUCAUCAAAAGCACGUUGGCUAGAUUGUCCACCCUUACCCGCCGUCGAGGCGAUGAAGCUACGGUUAUUGAGCGCGACAAGAGCAUAGCGCAAGGGUCUGAUGUUGAAAUGAUGGGCAUCACAAUGCUGGACAGUGCUCGCCUUGGCAAUGAAACAGGAACGACGCACGCCGAUGUCCCUGAACUGAGGCAAGCCGGAAAUGGGCGAAGCUGCUGGGUGAGUGAAGUGUUCGCUCUCUUCCGCCUAGGGGUGGAAGGUUGGUCUGACGCGAGAGGGGGAGGGUGGAAGUGGGACAUAAAUGUUGAAAACUCAUUUGAGAUUAGAAGGAAGGGGUCGUCAAUCGAGCACGACUGA